UUUUGUUCGUUUUCAGUUCCUGAUGUUGUUGUCUGUGUGAUGGUCUGAAUUCGUACAGGAUCCAUUAAUCUUACUCACAUUUUCUUAUCAGAUUUGAAUUAAACUCAUCCGGUCUGAAUUAAACUUAUGUCCUUGUUUCUCGCACUCGGAGUAAACGUGAUAUCUGCCGCGGAGUCCGGAGUAAUGUAAGCUGGACUUCUUCCUGUCUCUACAGUAUCCAUUGUCAAAAUGGGGCUGGACUUUGAUGUCAAGACAUUCUGCCACAACCUGCGGGCUACCAAACCCCCCUACGAGUGCCCAGUGGAAAGCUGCCGUAAAGUCUACAAAAGCUACAGCGGCAUUGAAUAUCACCUUUAUCACUACGAUCACGACAAUCCACCCCCUCCUCAGAGCACUCCUCAGAAGAAGCGUAAAGGCCGACCGCCUAGGGUCUCCUUGGCAGGGUCAGGAGAUGGCCCUGAUUCUAGUACCGGUUUUGGGAUCACUGGGCAGGGAACUACGCCGGGUAGCCCAGCCGAACGCUCCGAUCACUCCCAUUCGCCUGUGAGAGAGACAAUGACCUAUGCCGAAGCUCAGCGGAUGGUAGAACUGGAGAUCCGUGGGCGAGUGCACCGCAUCAGCAUCUUUGAGAACCUGGAUGUGUUUUCAGAGGAGGACAGUGGUGCUGAAGAUCCGCCAUCUUCUGGAAUCGGGGGCUCAGCUUCGUGUAAUGGGGGUGGAGUCGAGGGUGGCAUUGGUAAGGACAGAUUGGAUUGUUCUGCAACCAAUGGCGAGAAAGGGCCUCAAAAAACAGGAAAGUACAAAAGCAAAGAGAAGAAAAAAGACAUCAGCUCACACCAUCACAUGAACCCACCUGGACCAGCUGUGAAGUUGCCUGAAGUGGUCUUUCGAGAACUGGAUGAGGAAAGACCUGAUGCGCCCCCUCGACCCACAUCUUACUACAGGUACAUUGAUAAGUCGGCAGAGGAGCUGGAUGAGGACGUGGAGUAUGACAUAGAUGAGGAAGACUACAUCUGGCUGGACUUCAUGAAUAAAAAGCGUGAAAGUGAUGGGGUUGCUCCGAUCACUCAGGAGGUUUUUGAGUACCUUAUGGAUCGACUGGAAAAGGAAUCUUACUUUGAGAGUCACAACAAGGGUGACCCCAGCUCUCUGGUGGAUGAGGAUGCCGUUUGCUGUAUCUGUAAUGACGGCGAGUGUCAGAACAGUAAUGUCAUCCUGUUCUGUGACAUGUGUAACCUGGCUGUGCAUCAGGAGUGUUACGGUGUUCCCUACAUUCCAGAGGGCCAAUGGUUGUGUCGGCGCUGCCUGCAGUCGCCAUCCAGAGCUGUGGACUGUGCGCUCUGCCCCAACAAAGGCGGUGCUUUUAAACAGACAGAUGAUGCCCGCUGGGCACAUGUAGUAUGUGCCCUCUGGAUCCCGGAGGUGUGUUUUGCUAAUACGGUCUUCCUUGAGCCUAUAGACAGCAUUGAGCACAUCCCCCCGGCCCGCUGGAAGCUUACCUGUUACAUCUGUAAACAGCGUGGCUCCGGUGCAUGCAUCCAGUGUCACAAAGCUAACUGCUACACCGCCUUCCAUGUCACCUGUGCUCAGCAGGCCGGCCUCUACAUGAAAAUGGAGCCAGUGCGUGAAACAGGUGCUAACGGGACUUCAUUUAGUGUACGCAAGACUGCCUACUGCGACAUCCACACCCCACCAGGAUCUGCCCGUCCACUGGGAGGGGUGGGAGGCGCUAGUAUCGGCUCCUCACAGAGUGAGGGGGAAGCGGAGGAUGAGGAUGAUAUGGCAGGCGGUGAUGAGGAAGGAAAGGGGUGCAGCUCAGAGCGGGCAAAGAGGGUGAAAGCUAAAUCACGGAUAAAGAUGAAAAGGGCAAGGAAGAUACUGGCUGAGAGGAGAGCAGCCGCACCUGUAGUGUCGGUGCCAUGCAUACCACCACACAAGUUAAGUAAGAUCACGAGUAAUCUAACAGUGCAGAGGAAAAGUCAGUUCAUGCAGAGACUCCAUAGCUACUGGACACUGAAGAGACAGAGCCGCAACGGUGUUCCUCUCCUGCGACGUCUCCAGACGCACCUGCAGUCCCAGCGCAACACGGAGCCCCUCCCCACUAUUACCAGGGAUGGUGAAGAGAAACAUUCUGUGUUGAAGGAGCAGUUGAAAGCGUGGCAGAGACUCCGUCAUGACCUAGAGAGAGCCCGGCUGCUGGUGGAGCUCAUCCGCAAGAGAGAGAAGCUCAAGAGAGAGACAAUAAAGAUUCAGGAGAUGGCGUUAGAGCUGCAGUUGACUCCUUUCCUGGUUUUGUUGCGUAGCACUCUGGAACAGCUGCAGGAGCGGGACACCAGUAAUUUCUUUACUGAGCCUGUACCUUUAAGUGAGGUCCCAGAUUACCUGGAUCACAUUGAACGCCCGAUGGACUUUCAGACAAUGUGGAAGGGUUUAGAAUCACAUCGCUAUCUAAGCUUUGAAACUUUUGAGACUGACUUUCUGCUCAUUGUCAACAACUGUCUGAAAUACAAUGCCAAAGACACAGUCUUCUACCGCGCUGCACUGCGAUUGCGAGAAGCGGGUGGUGCUGUUUUACGGCAAGCACGCAGACAGGCAGAGAGAAUUGGCUAUGAUUACGAGACAGGCAUGCAUCUUCCCAGAGAGCCGAGCCCGGAGUCACCACACGAGCGAGAGAGAGAGAGAUUCAGAGAAAGAGAGAGAUCGGCAUCAGCUGCUGAAGAUGAUCUUUUGCUGGAGAACCGACGGCGUUUGCCUCUGGAGGAGCAGCUGCAGAUCCUGCUGGCACGUUAUGAUGAAGUCAUGUCAGGGAAGCACAGUAUCGGCCAGUCCCGGCGAGCUAAAGCCUUGAAGAAGGAGAUGACUGUUAUUAAGCGUAAGCUGGCUCAUCAGCGUGAGGGUGGCUGUGGUUUGGGCAACCAUGAGUCGGGCUUGUCGCUGGAACGCACCUCAGUCCUUGCGCAUCAUGCCUCUGCGAGUGGCCGUCACGAUGAUGGAGAGAGCAGCAGCCAUGAAAUUGGUGGAAAAGACCUUAGCGUGUCCUCUUCUGCGCUGGCCCCUGAGGUUGGACGUCGUACAUCUGUCCUCUUCUCAAAGAAAAAUCCCAAAGCCACAGGCCCUCCGAAGCGCCCAGGUCGACCCCCUAAGAACCGAGACAUGUUGCAUGGACCAGGGGUGCUGAGCUCCAGUCCAAUUGGCCCACCCCAGCUACCUUCUCUCCCCCAUUCACGCAAGAGACCCCACAGUCCACAGUCCAGCUCCAGCUCAGAGUCCGACAGCGAACACGAUCACCUCAUACUGGAUCUGCACAGUAAUGGCUUUGGUGGAAGCAGUCAGCCGGUGACUGAAAGUUUUCUGGUGUACAGAAAUGAACGCAGUCUCCCGCGCUCCAGCUCCGACUCUGAGUCCACCAGCAGUAGCAGCAGCAGUGCCGCAUCUGACAGGACCAGUACCACUCCCUCUAAACAGGGACGUGGAAAGGCCUCCUUUUCCCGCUCAGCAUUUCCAGAGGACAGCAGCGAAGAGACGUCUGGGACAGAAAACGACUCGUACUCAAUUGGCGGAGCGAGAGGAGUUUCCCACUUGGUUCGAGGCAGGGGCCGCUCUGGAUGCUGGAUGAGUUCUGAUGAUUACAGCUCUCUGGAUGCUCUUGAUCUUGUGUGGGCCAAGUGCAGAGGAUACCCCUCUUACCCCGCACUGAUCAUUGAUCCCAAGAUGCCACGAGAAGGUGUGUUCCACAGGGGUGUCCCGAUCCCAGUUCCACCUCUAGAGGUGCUAAAACUAGGAGAGCAGAUGACCCAGGAGGCCCGAGAACAUCUCUUUCUAGUGCUAUUCUUUGACAACAAGAGAACCUGGCAGUGGCUGCCGCGCUCCAAACUGGUUCCUCUUGGUGUGAACCAGGAUCUAGACAAGGAGAAGAUGUUAGAGGGGAGAAAGUCAAACAUCAGGAAGUCCGUUCAGGUGGCGUACCACCGUGCAAUGCAGCACCGUAACAAAGUCCAGGGUGACCCCAGCAGUGAUACCAGUGACAGCGACUGAACACACACAAGUGAACCAGUUUAAUUUCCCAACAAAAAUAACUAUAGAAAGUAUGCAUUUAAAUUGAAGUACACACUUUACUACUUUCUCUAUUCUGGUGCUAAGCUGCCGGUAGUCUUUAGACAGGUCGGUUGUUUUUACAUGUACACGGGAUCAGUGCAGCUGUAUGUGUUUUUCCAGUGCAGUCAUAAAUAAAGGACAAACGUGGUCCAUUUACCUCACACUACAGCCAGUAUUCUGUAUGUAAAGAACACAGUUUUGAUAGACCUCUGCUUAUUGAAACUUUUAAAAUGUCUAAAACCACAUCUUCACAAUUUAGUACACCUAAACCAUGUGUUCUGCUGACUGUGUUUGUGUGGUUAUGUGCAAGAGAGAAUUCAUGUAAGUGUUCAUAAAUGAUGUUAAAAAUGAAGCAGUGCAUUUUGUGUAGAGAGCACAAACAACGCUUAAUUGCGGUACUGUAUUUAUUUGUUCUUCCAAAUGAGACAAGCUCUCAUCCUCCUAUAAUUGCAGCCACACACAUUCUCAGCUCUUGAAUUGGUGUAUCUGUCUGUGUUUGUGGUGAACAUUUCUCAUACUCGGUUGUUUAAUGAGAAUGAAUGAAUACAUUGAUGACAAACUGUUGUCUGCUCAUGUGCCAGUUCUAUCACUGUAGAUCUUUUAUAUAUAAAUAUAAAAUAUGUGCGAUAGGCUUUAAUAAAAACAUUUGAG